AUCUGUCAUCCGUCAGUCAGUGUGCAGAAGAACCACGAAAAGUUGUUACGAGACCGGGUCCGGAGGAGCAGAAAACACGAGAAAAGCAGCGAACGGGACGUUUUUUGGGUGCGCAAUAAGAACCGGAUUCGAACUUCUUGCGUGUCGGAGAUGAGAAUCGACUGAACUCCCCCGGAAGAGUACAAACACAAACCAACAGUAGUACACCCUUAUAUUUGCUCCGGUUCACGAUGGCUGUUUCGUUCUGCGGCAAGCGGAUUCUGUUGACACGGUCCAACCUGCUGGCCAACCAAAAGCGCCAUGGAUACAUUGUACUAGUUCCGGAGAUUGGCGAGGAUUUGACGGAACGGAAUCCUCUGGUCAAGUCGGAGAAUGGAUUGCCGGAAUUCAACAGCGUAACGAUCGAGAAGUGCGUCGGAGCGAUUGGCCAGCAGGCGAUUGCCGUGGAGAAAGGGGUCAAGGCGCUGGAAGCCAAGAUUGAAGCGGAAGGAGCCGGGGCUUUGGACGUGAUAAAGGAUGUCAUUUUGCCGCUGGAAUCGGUUGGGGCUCCACUGGAGACGACUUGGGGAGUGGCCAAAACGUUGUACUUGGGAAACAGCUCGAAGAUGCCGACCAAGAGCUACCUGACGAUUCACGAGAGGGCUCGCGGAGCGAGGCGGUGCAAGUUCAACAGUUUGCCUAUUAAUGGGGCUUUGAAGCAGGCCAUCGGCAGUCAGAAGUUUCCACAGGAGGAAAGCAGAUUGAUCAACAAGUAUCUGCUGGAGUCAAAAUUGAAUGGAAUCGAAGUGGAAGGCUCAGGCAAACAAGAGCUGAAGGAAGUGCUCGAAAAGCUGACACAGGAGCGAUCCAAGUUCCACGGCAAGCGGGAAGUGGCAGUGAAGAAAUUUUCGCAACUCAUCAAAGACCCGGCUCUGAUGCAGGAGUUCCCGCCGACGCUGCUCCAGGCGCUGGCCGUUGAUCAGUCCCAGGUCAUCAAGGGACCUUGGAAAGUGACGUUGCAGCCGUAUGUGGUUCAAAAGUUUCUGGAAUAUUGUCCGGAUCGAACCCAUCGGUGGAAUUUGUGGCAAGCAGAUACUCGAAAGUGUUCAAACCACACGGACAAGGCCCUGGAGAACAGUACGCAUCUGGAGCAGAUUCGGGCCCUGAGGAAACGCCAGGCCAAAUUGCUCGGGUACGAAAGCUUUGCGCACAUGUCGAUGGAGACGAAGAUGGUCGGGUCGAUUGACACGCUGAGAAGCACAAUGGGCGAGUUGCUUCAGUAUGCGAGACCUGCCUUGGAGGAUGAGAUGGCUUCUUUGGAAGAAUUCGCCGUUGAUCACGGGUUCAAAGCCAAACUGGACGUGUACGAUGUCCCGUACUGGAAGAGAAAGCAGAUGGCCGAGUGCCAUGAUUUUGACAAGGAAGCACUGAGAGAGUACUUCCCGAUGCCUAAGGUUCUGAAUGGUCUUUUCAAAUUGGCCGAGUCGCUGUUUGACAUCAAGAUCGUGGAAAGAACCGGAGUGGACACGUGGCAUGAGGACGUGAAAUUCUUCGACAUCUUUAAUUCCAGCAAAGGAACUGAACCGAUAGCCGGAUUUUACACGGAUUUGUACUCACGAGAAGAAGAGAAGAUCUCCGUGGCAGGCAACUCCGGGUGGAUGGUUGGAAUCGUGAACAAGAGCAUUGUUGCUGGAGAUAAUCCGCUGGCAGCAUUGAUCUGCAAUUUCCCAGCACCUUUGUACGGAAAGCCUUCAUUGUUAUCGCUGGACGAUGUGAAUAUUCUGUUCCACAAGUUUGGCCACGCGCUGCAGCAUUUGCUGACCGAGAUGCGGUACAGCGAACUUGCCGGUCUUUCCAACGUCGAAUGGGACGCCGUUGAGGUUUCGGGACAUGUCCUGACUCACCUUCUGUACGAUCCGGACGUCAUUCGCUCGAUCAGUUCGCAUUACGGCACGGAACAACCGCUUCCGGACGAGUGCAUAAUGGCCAUUCAGAAGAACCAGAAGCAUCUGGCCGGAUACAGCCUUUGUCGCGAACUGUACUUCUCCAAUCUUGACCUGGACCUGCAUCUUACAUCCGACUAUUGGUUGGACGUUGUCAAGAACCUGUACCCGCAGUUCCACACCUUCCCGUUGGACAAAAAGGACGCCCAUCCGUGCUCGAUGACGACCAUUUUCUCCGGUGACUGGGGAGCAGCCUAUUUCAGCCGACUGUGGUCUCGGAUGGUCGCUGCGGACGUCUACAGUGCCUUCGUGGAAGCCAAAUCAAAGGGACAGCAAUCCGAAGCCGGUCGGAGAUUCCGCGAAACGUUCCUGGCCCUGGGCGGAGGAUGUCACCCCUCGGAAGUGUUCCGUCAGUUCCGUGGCCGUGAUCCAUCCCCCAAGGCGCUGCUCCAAAAUCUGGGCAUCUACAAACCAGUGCAUUCAACCGGUGGCAAUCCGUCGGCUAGCGGAAGCGAAUGAGCAAAAUAGUAGGAAGCGUAGGUUGUUAAAACUUUUAAAACUGAGUGUUAUUGAAUGAAACAGUCAAUAUAAGAUUUAUUGUACAAUUCGAA